AUUCUACCACACCAAUACUCGAAUUCUUUACUAUUAAUUAUCCGUUCAUAAACACUAUGACGACCACAAAACCAUUCAACAUCGCUAUUGUUGGGGGCGGGGUAAGCGGUGCUACGCUCGCGAUCGGCCUUCUCCGGCAGAAUGUUCCCGUUACGAUAUACGAGUCAGCCCCGAAAUUCAAGGAGAUCGGCGCCGGCUUGGCAUUUGCGCCGAAUUCUGUCCGUGCCAUGGAACUUAUUUCUCCGGAUAUCGUCGAGGGUUUCAAACGAUGUGUUACUACUGGUUGGGAAAGUAAAUUACAGAAUUGGUUUACAGUUCGAGUCGGCGAUUCCCGCAAGACCGGACUGGAUGGUGUGAUUAGGGGGAAGGAAAAGGAGGGGCUAAAAGUUGGGGACCCCGUCUUUGAAAUUAAGUACACCAACGAUCAUCUUGCGGGGGGUGUACAUCGAGCCCAUUUUCUGGAUGAGCUCGUCAAGUUGAUUCCUGAUACCAUACCAAAAUUCGGAAAAAGACUGGUCGAUAUCACCGAAGCCACCGACGGGUCUCAAGAUGCUGUACUACACUUCGCUGAUGGAACUACAGCGCAGCAUACCGCCGUAAUUGGCUGCGAUGGAAUCAAGUCUAAGACCAGAGAGAUUUUACUUGGACCAGAAACAGGGAAAGCCGUAUUCUCGGGAAAAUACGCGUAUAGGGGCUUGAUACCUAUGGAAAAGGCCGUUAAAAUGCUUGGCGAAGAGAUAGCUCAAAAUUAUCAGUUAUAUCUGGGUUAUCAUGGGCAUCUCCUCACUCUUCCGAUCGAAAAGGGGAAAACUAUGAAUGUCGUGGCCUUCAGUUCUUGUGACACUUGGACUGAUCCGCACUGGGUGGUUACAACCUCGAAAGAGAAGAUGCUCUCCGACUUUGCUAACUGGGGUCCCACGGUAACGUCCAUCGUCGAUGCGAUGGAGAAAAGAGACAUUUGGGCUCUCUUCAAUCAUCCUCCUGCACCGAUUUACUACGGCACAAAUCCGCUGAUAUGCCUUCUCGGCGAUGCCGCACACGCGACUACACCACAUCAGGGUUCCGGCGCUGGCAUGUGUAUCGAAGACUGUGCCAUUUUGAGUCGUUUACUCGGGGCAGCAGAAAAUGUAGAAGACCUGACGAAAGCAUUCCACGCAUAUGAUGAGGUGAGACGACCGAGAACUCAGAAAUUGGUAACCACAAGCAAAGAAGCAGGUAUGCUGUACGAAUUUGAACUCGAAGGUGAUGACCUCGAGGCAAUCCAAAGAAACUUUGAAGGACGAAUGAGUUGGAUUUGGGAUAUAGAUUUGCAGAAGGAAUUGGACAGGGCUUUUUCCAUUUUUAGGGGGUAGAAAGUUGUGAUUGAUUGAAGAUCCCUAUGGGCUGAAACUGAUGAUUUGCCUGUUCAUAUUAUGUUUACUAUUAAUUUGACUUCUUUCUCUGUUGCUUUGCCCAGGUUCAGAUAGCGAAGUGCUUCGACAAGGAGAUAAUACCGGUAUAAACAUUAACUAGUAGUAUGAAUUUCACUUGAUCUAUCUUAGGUAGUAGUAACGAUUUGUAUACCGG